ACGAAAAAGAUGGCCGCUAUUUUUGUCACUAGUGCAGUGUUUACCAAGACUUUUAGCCCAGUGAGGCUUAAAACAUGGACAAAACGUGGAACAGUUGUGAGAGUCAUUACUAGGUCUUUAUGUUCUGGUAAUGACUCAGACCAUUGGAAAAAUGUCCUGUACUAUUGGUUCAGCCCUGGAGCUGAAAAAAAGUGGUUUCACGGUGGAGCUCAAGUGGAUGAAGAAAUCAGACAAAAAUUUUCAUCUUUGGUUGAAAAAGCUGUGCAAGGAGAACUGAAAGAGUGGGAAACUGAGCCCAAGCCAUCACUGGCACUGAUCAUCCUAACUGACCAGUUUACUAGGAGUAUUUUCAGGAAUAGUGCCAAGGCUUUUUCAGGUGACACCCGAGCUAGGGAAAUUGCCAGGAAGUUUAUUGAUGGUAAAACUCACAACCACUUGGAAUUUCAUUUUGCUGAGAGAGGCUUCAUAUAUUUGCCAUUUGAACACAGUGAAAGCAAGGAAGAUCAGGAGUUAUCAGUGAGUUUAAUGUCUAAAUUAGCUGAAGACUUUAAAGGUACACAGCAUGAAGAAAUGGCUAAAGGUUACAUUGAAUUUGCUACAAGACACAAGGAAGUUAUUGACAAGUUUGGGAGGUAUCCCCAGAGGAACAAAUCUUUGGGAAGAGAGAACACGCCAGCAGAAGAAGAAUUUCUGAACAACAUUCCAGAUCGCUACAAGUGGUGAACUGGACUAUAAAGAUAUGUCAACCACUUUGAAUCAAGUUAUUGUCAGUAGUAGACUAAACAGUGUAAUAUUAUUAUCACCCAAUUGCUGAGUAAGGAGGUUGACACUUAUCCUUAGUUCUGAAGUGGUAUAGGAGGGAAGGAAACACAUAAUUUCCUAUAUAGGCAAUUUAAGUAUUUAUCAGCCCCAAAGGUAUAGUUGGUUCUCCAGCUUGAGGGUCUGAAAACAGGUCUAUAUCUGUUCAUCAUGGUCUCUUUGGGUAUUGAGGAACCCACUAAAGUGUUUUAACAUAUUUAUUUUAAUUUGAUCCUUUCAACUUCUGAUAAAAAAUGGAAAGGCACAGUGUCAACGAAAAAGAUGUAUAAUUCCACUCUUUGCAAUUCUUGACUUUGACACUAAUGCAAAGUACUAGGUGGAACACCUUCAAAGUAUUCUGAGGAGGAUCCAACCCCUUCCUUUGAAAAAACUGCAUGUAGAGUUGCAGUGAGGCAGGUAGUGUUAAGAAUUAGAAGUAGGUCUGUGGUGGCAAAUAAUGGUUAUGUAUCCUUUUACAUCAGGAAAAGUGAUUUCCAGAGAGAUUUCAUUCUCAUUUUAAACUGAUAAUACUCAGGCCUUAAUUAUACUCAUUCAGUUGAUUACCACUAAGUUGGCAAAAUUAAUUGGGAAAAAUAAGUUAUAACAUAUAGUUAAGCUAUCAAUAAAAGGCAAUUUUAUAGCAUUCCUAUAUAAUUUCAUGUUGAUUUGCUGGGAGUAAGACUUCAUUGGCUAAAAUUCAAAAUAAAUAUCUGCAACCCCAGUCCUUAUAGUAUGAUUCCGGUUGAAGAUCAUCUUUAUUGUUUUAUUGCCUUGUCACUUACCUUUUUAUUUUUUCAACCCUUUAACUCCCAGUGACCAAGACAGAAUUUCUCCUUACAAUUUUAAUACAAUAUCAAGUAGGAAAGUGAUGAG